AUUGUAGAUCGAAUGUAAUUAGAAUUUAAUUAAUCGAAGUAGAAAUUUGUGUCUUUGUCUCCCUUUUUCAAGCCCUUUCCAGUUUAAAGUGCUCCACGUACCGGAGAAAUGACGGUACUGCUAGUUUUGCUGCAGCACUUCCUGAAGUACAAAAUAAUGAGGAUUGCAUUUUGAUUUUCAUCUUCAUCGAAAUAUAUGUAUUGGGAGAGGACGUAGGAAUGGAGGCCGUUUACACCCAAGGCAUCUGGAUGGCUGAAAGUCUCCAGCAGAGGACGAUGAGUCAAGAAAAAAUGUGGCUAGUUAUCACUCAUAUAGGAGAUCCAAAAGCAGCAUUCCUGCUCGUCUUUCCUUUUACAUAUUUCAUCAGCAAACGAGCUGGAGUAGCGGUGCUUUGGGUAGCAGCUAUAUCGGAGUGGUUAAACUUGGUGUUUAAAUGGAUGCUGUUUGGAGAAAGGCCAUUCUGGUGGAUAGGUGAAUCACGUCUAUUCGUCAACAAGCAACCCAAUGUUCACCAGUUUUCCUCCACCUGUGAAACCGGCCCAGGCAGUCCGUCGGGACAUGCGAUGGUGACGGCCGCAGUCUGGUGGGUCGUGGUGUCCUCACUGGGGUCAUUUCUGUACUCACGUACUCACAGCAUGGUGUUAUCAGCUGCUCCCUACCUGCUCUAUGUGGUGAUGCUGGUGGCAGUCGGAAUCUCCAGGAUCUUUAUCCUCGCCCACUUCCCCCAUCAGGUCAUUGCUGGCUCCAUUACAGGUUUCAUUCUGGGGAUUGUUCUGAGCGGCAGAGUACCAGAAGGUCGCCCCCUGCUGUUCUUCUUUAGCUUUAGCAUCUGUCUGCUGCUCAGUACUCUGAUGCUGCAUGCUGGACUUCAGCAGCUGGGAGUCGACCUCUCCUGGUCUAUUGCGUUGGCUAAGAAAUGGUGCAGCCGUGCUGAGUGGAUUCGUUUGGAUACAGCCCCAUUCUCCUCUCUGACUCGAGACUGCGGGGCCCUUCUGGGUUUGGGGCUGGCCCAGUACUGGAAGCCUGGUGGAUGGUCUCUGCCUUGGGCUCCACGGGCUUUGUCUCUGGCCAUUUCAUCCAUGGGACUGUACCACGUCAAUCGUCUGCCGCUCCCGGUCCGACCACAAGGCCUCUUCUAUGGCCUAUUCUUUGUCAAAUUUGUCAUAGUGCCCCAGAUUGUCAUGGUGCUUGUGCCUGGACUGGUUUACCUUUUCACACACAAAAAGAAGAAGGACUAGAAACCAUUUUCUCUCCAUGUUGGAGGUGUGAAAGACACCUCUAAGGACGAUAGCUUCCUCCUCAGUUUCUGUAAACACUUUUAAUGUCUAUUUAAUGUAUUUCAUGGGUAGUCUUGUGUGUAAAGGGUAUAGUUCAUGUUGUUCAGUCCAUGUAGAUUUUUGUUCUCUAACAAUUCAACAAUUUUUUUUCUGAUGAGAGUACAUGGGCCAUAAAUGUGGGGAAUGUAUCAGAUUUUUAAUUUACUGCACAUUUGCAGUAAAUGCAUAUACCAUAAUAGUAAUAAGUGUUGUUAAUACUGCAGUGUUUUUGCCAAAUAGCUUGUAGCUGAAUGAAGGUCUGAGGACCGAAACAUUGUUCUUAAAGUGAAUACAAGUGAUUGACGGUGUGCAGAAUUCUUUGUUUUUUUCACAGUGGAGAGUUUUUGAUCCUACGCACCUAUCAUUAAGACUUUCUGGUGUGCAAGAAAUUUACUUUUGUUUAACGUAACGCAAGAAAGGUCAAAAGAGCACUGCACUGAUUUAGCAUUACACUCCUGUAACAUUGUCGGACUCACAAUGAACAGUAAGAAAAAGGAUCAAAAUUGCUGCAGCAGAACAAGAGAUAUAGUCUUUUCUAUUUCACACAUUCUUCUUCCUUGUCAAAACCUGGCACCUACAUUACCCACAAUGCAACAGAACCACCAACAGUUCAGUUCAGAGUGUGUUAUGCUAGUAGCGGCUAAUGUACUGUAGCCUCGAUGCGCUAGCCUCAAGCAGAGAUGAGGAGCGGGCUACAGAGGUCUCCACACCCCCAGAUUUUUUUAAUUUUCAAACUUGUAGUUUUCAGCCCCAACCAACGCUGGCUCUAAUGAUGUCACUUGAGGCAAUUUAUCAGACUUUACGCAGCUCCCUCCGUAGCCACAAAAGGCUGUAUACAACUUUUUGCAUUUAUGUAGAGUAUUAUCCAAGACCUGUAAACAGACUUUGUGUGAAAUGGGUGGAGUUCCCCUUUAAAUGUGCAUAACAUAAGCAUACUGUGUGAAAUUCAACAAUUAAAAAAUAAAAAAGCACCAUCUUUUGGUCAAACUGGUGCUCAUACUUGGGUUAAAAGGUCAGCAGAUGUAUGUCAAUGUAAGUUACAUGGGCACUUAAUAUAAUGAAAUCCAAUGCAACACCAUUUAUUUAAACAUUAAUAGCUUUGCAAAUGUGGUAUUUUUGGGAGUUGUAUUAGAUUGCAUCAUAUUGUACAGACGUUUGUUACUGUCAACACACUGGUGUUAUAAGUUUUGUGGACCAAAAUCAUCCAAAAUAUGAAAAUUACAUGUGUAUGUUAUAUUCACAUAAUCAGUAAAAUAAAUGACUGACAUGCA